AUGAAGAGGGGGCACUGCACAGUCUCUGGAAACAAAGAAAAAAAGUUUGAAAAUUUUAUUAGAGUGACUUUAGGAGACAAAAAUGAGAACCAAACCAAUAAAACCAUCUUACUCGUUGGUGAAACAGGAGCAGGAAAAUCUACCCUGAUCAACACUCUGGUAAAUUACGCCGUGGGGGUGAAGUUUGAGGAUGAAGUCUGGUUUCAAAUUGUUGAAGAUCCGAAGGGAAUAUGUCAAACAGAAAGUCAGACAUCAGAGGUGAUCGUCUAUCAGAUCUUUGGUUUUGAAGGUCAAACUUUGCCGUUCUCUCUGACCAUCAUCGAUACUCCUGGAUUUGGAGACACCAGAGGGAUCGAACAUGAUAAAAUAGUCUGUCAACAAUUAUUACAGCUGUUUCAGUCAAAGGAUGGAGUUCAUGAGAUCAAUGCAGUGGGUCUGGUGAUUAAGGCCACUGAUAACCGACUGAGUGACCGAUUGAUGUACGUCUUCGAUUCAGUGACUUCUCUUUUUGGAAAAGACCUGGAGGAAAACAUAGUAGCUCUCAUCACUCAUUCUGAUGGAAGAAAACCCAGAAAUGCUCUUCAGGCUCUGAAAGCAGCAAAUGUUAAAUCUUCUAAAGAUGAUUUUAUUUACUUUUUGUUUAAUAACUGUCAGCAUGAAGACAGAACAAAUGACACAGAAUUUCUCAAAUAUGCUUAUCAAAUAUCGAUAAAACAAACAAAAAACUUUAUGAUUUAUCUCCAAAAAACCAAACCUCAGCCUCUGAAAACAACUGUGGAGGUUCUGAAUGAACGGAUCAGACUGACGGCCUGUAUCCAGAACCUGCACGAAAGAUUUAAGCUGAAUGAGCUGAAGCAGAGAGAAAUCAAACAGAUUGAAGCAGAGUAUACUAAACAUGAAAAAGAGAUGAAGGAGAACGAGAACUUUACUAUAGAAGUUGAUGAGGCCUACAAAGACAAAGAAAAAAUCGAUGGUGGAAUGUGGGAUUUGGGGUUUUAUGAAGGAGCUCUCACCUGUUCUGUCUGUAAGGAGAACUGUCACUAUCCAGGAUGCAAAAUGGCCUCGAAACCAGAACACUGUGAGGUCAUGAAGGAUGGGCGCUGCACAGUUUGUACCAACAAGUGUCCUGCUUCAAUUCAUGUAAAAGAGAGCUGUGUAUAUUUCAUAACGACCAGAAAAGUUCAGAAGACCCUGGAGGAUAUGAAGGACAAAUAUGAGAACAAUAAAGCAGAAUGUGAGAAAAAGUUCAGUCUCUUGGAAAAGCUUGAGAAUGAAGCCAUUAUUAUUAAAACAGAGCAGUCAUUGUUGCUAGAAGAGGCCUACAGUCAUGUUAUUAGACUGGAGCAGAUCGCCCUAAAAGUUGAGUCAGUGUCAACUUUGGUCUAUUUGGAUUUCCUGAUGGAGAAGAUGAAGGAAAAAGGAGACCAGGAGAAAGUCAAUAAGCUGGAGGAGAUAAGGAAGCAGGUUAAGAAAUGA